GAAGAAUCUGGGCUGGCUGGCUGGCUAGGGUUUUAGCAGAUCCGAUUAAGAUUCAAAAUUCAACAAACCCCUCUCUCAGAUUUUCAAUCUUCAGGCUCGCAGUCGCAGAGCUGGCUGUUUUUGGGCUGGUGAUAAUUAAUUAAGAAGAGUUAGAGUCCUUUUACCAUCACUUAAAAAGUUGCAAUGGGAGAUGCAGAAAACAGUUCUCAACCUUCGAAAAAGAGGGUUGCUGGAGUACAGCUAACUCGUGAUAAUCCUGGUCUUGAUGACGAUGAAGAUUCAUCUGAAAUGAUAGAUGGGACUUUUAAAAAAGCAAGUGAUGAGAUUCUAGCUACUCGAAGAAUUGUCAAAGUUCGUCGCCAACCGGCAGCAACUCCAAAAAUUCCAGCUUCUUCCUCUGGUUCUAAUCCAUUUGCUUCUAUCUGCUUGGUCCCUACUGCUUCAUCUGCUCCCCCGGUCGUAUCAGAGGUGGUGAGUAUUAGGAGUAAUGAAAAUGAGAAGACUGAUGGCGCCAAACCUGAAAAUCAGAUUGAUAAGCCACAGGGCGAGUCAGCUGCACAGCAUGAGAAAUCUGGUGGCAAUGAUGAAUUGGCUAAGGAAUCUGAAAUCAAGAUUGUUGACCGAAAGAGUGAACCUGAGGCCGCAGGAAAUGAGACUAAUGGUGACAAAGAUGAGCUCAAAAUAACUACAGCUGCUGAUAACAGUAACACCGAAUUUGACAAGGAUACCGAAGAUGAGGAGAAUGUUAAGGAAAAAGAAAAUGUUGAUGGCGUUGAGACUGAAGCCAAGAAAGGUAUUGAAGGCGAGGAAAGUAACAAAGGGAAGGAAAGCGCGGAGUUGCCUGGAGGCGAGAAUCUCAAUGAUGGGGUUCAUCAAACUACAGCUGCUGAUAAAAUCGAGACUGAAUGCAAGAAGGAUGUCGAACCUGAGGGGAACAAUCAUGAGAAAGAAAAUGUAGAGGCAACUGACGAAAAGAACAAUAAAGGGCCCGUCUCAUUCGGUUUGUUUCAGCAACUAUCUAACAGCCAGAAUGCUUUCUCGGGAUUCACCGGCACAGGAUUUUCAACCACUUCUUUCACAUUUGGAGCCGGAACGGGAUUUUCAAAUUCCACCUUCUCAUUCGGAUUAGCUAAUAAAGACGGGCAUGCUCUAGAGUCGGGAACUGUACCCUUCUUCGGUCUCAACUCUGACCUCAAAGCUGGUGGCUUUGGUAAAUCCUUCGGUCCAUCCACAAACGGAACCACUUCAAUUUUCGGUAAAUCCGCGAAGAACGCGAGCACAAAUGAGGGCAGUAAAAUCCCUCCAAUGCAGGAGGUUACUGUCGAAACUGGGGAAGAGAAUGAGAAGAGUGUUUUCACUGGUGACUCGGUUCUGUACGAGUACGCCGACGGGGCGUGGAAAGAGCGUGGGAAGGGAGAAGUCAAGGUGAACGCCGCGACGACGGGGACUGGAAAAGCUCGACUUAUUAUGCGGGCUAGAGGCAAUUAUCGGCUAAUCUUGAACGCGAGCCUUUUCCCGGACAUGAAGCUGACCAAUAUGGACAAGAAAGGUGUCACGUUUGCCUGCAUGAACAGCGCAGCCGAAGGGAAGGAAGGCCUCUCGACCGUAGCCUUGAGGUUCAAGGAUGCUUUUGUAGUCGAAGAAUUUAAAGGUGUCGUUAAUGAAUACAAGUCGAAGAUGCCUCCUCCAGCUGCGACAACUCCUGAAAAUUCUCCGAAAGCCGACUAAAAUAUGGUACGUAUCUAUCUCUGCUCUUGAAUUUUCGGAAAAUUUAAACUUUUUGGGCGUUAUUGAAAUCGAAUGUCUGCCUCCUCCCAUGCUUUCUGAAUCGUUUCUGAGUUGUUGAAAUGGCUUUGUAGACGUUUAGAAAUCAUCUUGAAAUCUCUAACUAUUUGGAUUACAGUAUUAAUACAUAUCUGUCUGGUUCUGUUUGUA